AUCACAUUAGAUUUACAGCUGCUUCGAGCAACGCAAUCAAUUCACAAUGAUUCGGAAGGCGGUAAUUUUACUGUGUGUGGUGCUAUGUGUGUUGGGAGACGAGAAACACGCGACCUCAGAACAAAAAGUGGUGCUGCGGCAUAAAAAGAUACACAAGCCCGAGCAUCAUGAGGAAUACGCGUGGUCGUAUCCUUCAUACGAGUUCUCAUACAAAGUAGAUGACCCCCACACCCACGAUAUGAAGGGACAAUCUGAGAAUCGGGAGGGAGACGAAGUUAAAGGCGAAUACUGGCUUAUUGAACCCGACGGCCGCAAACGAGUUGUUAAAUACUAUUCUGAUAAGGAAAUUGGAUUCAAAGCGGACGUCGAGUAUUCUGAACCUAUGAAGCACAUCAGCGAAGAAAAGAAAUCCAAUCCCCACCACGCAGAUGUGGAGCAUAAGAGUAUAGACCACAAUAAGGAAGAACAGAAGGAAGAAGAAAGACAGGAAGAACAGCAAAUUGAAGAAAGCAAUGACGAAGGCGGAGACCGAGACGGUCACUCUUCCCAACACAUGCCACUCAAAGGACAAUACCGUCCUAUGGCUUACCGUCCAGCGAUAAAACAAUACGAAGUGCAGGAGAACUACUACAACCCACGCUUCUAUAGACAUAACAGACGUCAAUAAACUACAAUAACCAAGAUACCAAAGAAGACUGAAUGGCGGCUAACGAAACGUUAUGACUUGGUACUCAAUUGUGAUAAUAUAUUAUAUGUAGCAUAUGAACGUAAAGCAAAUAUAGACGUGUGAGCGCUCUUA